AUGUCUACUUCUCCACCAAACUCAAAAGCUAAAAAUACCUUAGCACCCAUUCUCUUCAAUCACUUAUCAAUUACUACACCCCUUGUAAUUUUUCUUCACUGAAACCUGUUAACAGUGUUAAGUCCUUAGAGAUUUCUAAAAUGGCACUAAAUUAAAGUUCUCUCUGCGAUCAUCAUUUUCACAUAAACUUCUCUCGGGCAGGCAGAGACACCAUGCUUGCAGAGAAUGAUGAGAUGCCAAUUGGUUGGCCAUUUGGACUUGGCUUCUUGAACAUGAGACUUAGAGUUGGGGAAUCCUUCCCUACAGCUUCAAUGGCAGCAUACCAAUCGCACGUGCCAUCCACCAGUUUCUCUUCAUUUUCAUCCUCUAACCUAGAUACAGAGUCGACGGCUUCCUUCUUCCAAGACAACAGUGUAUCCCUUGCGCAGCUAAUCGGAGUUAGAGCAGGAGAAAGAGGACGGUUUGAAGAAAGAAAAAAGAAAUUAGCCAAGCUUCCUGCUUCUCAGGGCUCUAAAAUGGAUAUGUCUCGAGUCAUUUGCAUACCCUUGCUAAAAAUUAGGAAGAGUAAGAAGAGUUCAACCAAUUAGAACACCAUUCAUAAAUUUGUUCUUGCCCAAGUGACCAUAAGCAGUUAUUUCAGUCAGUUUA